AUGCCUUCAGAUUCCGAGACUUCCUUUCGGAUUCAUGAUCUGCGCUUUUCAGAAAUUGUGGGACAACAGCCAACAAUAGAGCUUCUUGCAGAGCACUCAGAUUACCCUUUUGCUCAUGAGGCUGGGGUUUUCUUUCCUGAAAGCAACAGUCUCUACAUCACCAGCAACCGAUGCAUUGGAUCUGACAGCGAGCAGAAAGUCAAUAUUACCCGAGUGGACUUGAAUAAACGGCCAGUCACAUUUGAGGAGUGUCUCACUGAUAUCCCAAUGGCCAAUGGGGCCAUUAACUACGGCAAGAAUGAUGUUCUCUUCUGCGGACAGGGGUCCAUGACCCAACCGAGCGGCUUAUACAAGAUGUCCACACUGUCAUAUAAAUCUGAGCUUUUGAAGAGCGACUUCUACGGGCGGGAAUUUAAUUCCGUCAACGACGUGGUAGUACACACGGAUGGCUCAGUCUGGUUCACGGAUCCCAAUUACGGCUUUGAGCAGGGCUAUCGGCCAAUUCCAUCUUUACCUAACCAGGUCUACCGAUGGUGCCCGAGGACUGGGAAUAUCCGAGCUAUGGCAGAUGGAUUUGGGAAACCGAAUGGUAUUUGCUUUUCGCCAGAUGAGAAAGUCGUUUACAUUACGGACACGGAUCGGGUACGCGGGGACGGCACCAUCGAUGAUCAGCGAGUUUCUUCAAUGUAA